UACAACCUUGCAGCAAACUUGUCAGGAGGCAGGAAAAAACUUGCUUCAUUGUCUGUGCUUGUACACAGCAAAGGCGGCACCGGUCCAGCAUGAAAUCAGCCCUUGUUUUGCUGACUGCGUUGGUAGCCCUGACAGCCUAUUAUGUGUACCUGCCCUUACCCAGCACAGUGUCGGAUCCCUGGAAGCUCAUGCUGCUGGAUGCCACUUUCAGGGCAACCCAGCAAAUGUGCAACCUGGUUCACUGUCUAAGACUCAGCCAUCACUUGAGAGUUCUGAAUUAUGUGAUUGGUACUUUUGACAAGCUAGAGCCGUCAUCCUCUGAACACAUUAAGAUAACAGAUGCCCUUUUUGAUGGAGUGGAAGUCAGAGUGUUUGAACCUUCUCCAAAGCAAGACGAAACACUAAAGCGCAGUGUCGUUUACAUCCAUGGAGGAGGAUGGGCUUUGGCAAGUGCAAGAACAAGCUUCUAUAACAAUCUCUGCAGGAUCAUGGCAGAAUCUCUGAAUGCAGUAAUUGUCUCAAUUGAGUACAGGCUGGUACCAGAGGUUCAUUUCCCUGAGCAAUUCUACGAUACUUUACGUGCAACUAAGUAUUUUCUGCGGUCUGACAUCCUAGCUAAAUACUCAGUUAACCCAGAUCGAAUUGCUAUUUCUGGUGAUAGCGCAGGAGGAAAUCUGGCUGCAGCUGUGUGCCAGCAGCUUAGUCUAGAUGACAGUGUGACCAACAAACUGAAGCUGCAGGCAUUAAUCUAUCCAGUCCUUCAGGCAUUGGACUUUAACACUCCUUCAUACCAGCAGAACACUGACAUGCCUGUUCUUCCUCGCUUCGUCAUGGUGAAGUUUUGGAUAGACUAUUUCAAUGGUAACUACGACUUUGCCCCCUCAAUGCUGAUCAACAACCACACUUCCCUGGACGUGAGCCAGGCUGUUUAUUUCAGAGGACAUCUGAACUGGACUUCUCUCCUGCCUUCAACGUUCAAAAAGAAUUACAAACCUGUGAUACAACCCACAGGGAAGGCCGAAAUCAUCCAGGAAAUACCUGCACUACUUGACAUACGCGCAGCUCCAUUACUAGCAGAAAAAGAAAUGUUCCAGCUUCAGCCAAAGACCUACAUCCUGACUUGCGAGAAUGAUGUCCUGAGAGAUGAUGGAAUAAUGUAUGCCAAACGGUUGGAGAGUGCAGGUGUGGAGGUCACACUUGAUCACUUUGAUGACUGCUUUCAUGGAUGCAUGAUCUUUACUAUUUGGCCUACCAAUUUCUCUUCAGGACAUCGUACCAGGGACAGCUACAUAAAGUGGCUUGCUGAAAACCUGUGAAAAAAGUGAGUCCUCUCUAGAAGGCACAGAACAGUCAAUCUAAAGCUCACUGCUUCAAAAACAAAAAAGUUGUGCACUUUUAGGCUAUCUAAUUUCGUUUGUUCAAGAUUAUGUCAUAGCGCUCCCUGUUGCAAGAGGUAGCGUGCCACUAACUACUUGGUCAAUAGCUGAUUAGCCUUGUCCAGCAUAGCAAUUUGCUAAAUACUUAUUAAACACUGUUGUAUGCAGUGUAGUUGUAGCCAUGUCGGUCCCAGGGUAUUAGAGACAAAAGGUGGGUGAGGUAGUGUCUUUCACUGGACCAACUUCUGUUGGUGAGGGAGACAAGCUAUUGAGCCACACAGAGCUCUUCUUCAGCUCUGGAGGGAAAGGUACUCCCAGCAUCACAGCAAAAUGCAAGGUGGAAAAGAUUGUUUUUCAUAAAUAGUUAGCACAUAUGCUAAGGGACCAUUUGAGGCAGAGUGGCCCAUUAACACCUCUGCAAAAAGGGGGGGUUAGUGAGUUACAGACUGUUGUAAUAAGCCAUAAAUCCAGUGUCUCUGUUCAGUCCAUGAUUUUUAGUGUCUAGCUGAGUAAUGAAUUUAAAUUCUGACACUCAGAGUACCUUUACCAGACCUGAAGAGCAGCUCUGUGUGAUUCAAAAACUUGAUUCUCUCACCGGCAGAAGUUGGUCCAAUAAAAGAUAUUAACUCAUCUACCUUGUUGCGCCAUUAAAAACUAAUCAGUUGUAGAUUCAGAUGCGACAUCAGUUGCAACCAUGAUGAAUGAACACUGCGCAGUUCUCCACAAGAAAAUCAGUGUUCCUCAAACUUAUUCUUAUUGGUCAAAUGUUUCAAGUUUGGGUACAUAACAUUAAGUACCAAGGCCACAAUUUUCAGUUAACAGUUUUUUGGUUUUAGGUACUUAAAUAAGGGGAGCCUGAUUUUCAGAGGUGCUGAGUAUUUAAAAAUCCCACAGAAGUCAAGGGAAGCUGUGGUUCUCAGUAACUUUGAAAAUCAGGCCACUUAUUUAAGUGCUUAAAUAUGGAUUUAUGUGCUGGCCUUUAGGCACACAGAUUUACAGUUUUUUGUUUUUUUAAACAGUUCCAACUUCAAGGCAUUUUAAGCAUGCUAAGCAAGCCUUCUACCACAAAAAUGUAACAACUUUGGAAUCUGGUCCUUUUUUAAAACAAGCACAGUGCUGGGGAAAAAAAUGUAAAAAAGAAAGAAUCUUGUGUAGAUCCUGUCUGUUGCCUUUAAUGGACAUUGAUCCUACACACAGAAAAAGCAGUGUGCAAGCUUAUAUGUAGGACCAAUGGAAAUGCCACCAAAUGCAGAUUCCAUAUGGGAAUUUACAUGUUUAAAGUUGAUUACACUUUUGGCCAAAGGUUGUGACUAAGCCUGCCUUUAAAAUUUCAGCUUUAUGACCACUUUAGAGAAAAUAUGAAAAUACUAACAAAUAAAAAAGCCCUCUGUGUGGUUUGCACUGAUGUUUGUAUUUAACAUUAACAAUUGUUCUUUACUGAGUCUUUUCUGUGCUUGCAUUACUUCCGUUCAUUGUCUUCCUUGCUUUUUGGAGGAAGUUUCCCCUGUGUAGCAAGCAAAAUCACUAGAGAGGAGCUUGACCCUAAAGUCCAGCUUUAGCUGGAACUAUGCAGCUGGAUCUUCUCUCUCUCAUGCAUGGAACCAAAAUCCCAGAAAUGAAUAGCUAUGCUACUGCGGAAUCACGCUCUGCAACUUGAGCUCCUCUCUAAAAUAGCCAGACAACCACAACUGAAGUUUUAAGACAAGGACAUGGAAACUACUUACAACAGUGUGUAUUUUGCAUAAUGUUUGUUGUUUUUGUUGUUGUCAUUGAAUGUAAGCUGUGACAAACUGACAAAAGCCAGGAACUUCUAAGCUAAGACAGAAAGAGUGAUGGUCUUGCAAUCUAAGUCUAGUGUAGGGGCCGGCAACCUUUCAGAAGUGGUGUGCUGAGUCUUCAUUCAUUCACCUUAAUUUAAGGUUUUGUGUGCCGGUAAUACAUUUUAACAUUCUUAGGUCUCUUUCUAUAAGUCUAUAAUAUAUAACUAAACUAUUGUUGUAUGUAAAGUAAAUAAGGUUUUGAAAAUGUUUAAGAAGCUUCAUUUAAAAUUAAAUAAAAUGCAGAGCCCCACAGACCGGUGGCCAGGACCCAGGCACCGUGAGUGCCACUGAAAAUCAGCUUACGCGCCGCCUUCGGCACCCGUGCCAUAGGUUGCCUACCCCUGGUCUAGUGCUUUAACUUGGGAUAGCUGAUUUCAGUUCUGAGCUCUGCCAUUGUGUGUGUGAGACUUUGAGUGAUUUGCUUCAGCUUUGUGCCUCAGUUCUUUCUUCUGUAAGAGAGGGAGUAAUAUUUUUGUAUUUCACAAGGGUGUUGAAGUUAAAUUCGUAAAUGUUAAUGUGAUACUACAAGGGACUCUGUUAAACUUUCCCAUUCUUCAGUCUCUGUAUUCUGCUGUUCUGUACUAUGCCAGAUUGGGCCCUCUGAUGAAGACAACUUAUUUCUUUGGCUCAGCUUUCCAGUUUACAGUACUCUGCAAAUUUACAGCACUAAAGUAAGCACCUUCCUGGCUUUUGUCAAUUUAUUAUGGACCAUUUUAAAAUAGAGCCUUGUUUGUACUUGAUUUCUAUGGGAAGGUCCUAGGAAGUCCUAAAACACAUGUACUGGAUGGACCAGAUUGACUUCCACAUUUUUUAAAUGGAUAUUUAGAGAUCCAUCUUCAUUGGUAUGUGCACAUAUGUACUGGGAGCUAAUGGCAGAAUGGCCUUGUUCUCUCAUAUGAGUUCAUAGCAAGAAACAGCAGGAUGUUGAUAUAAUUGUGUGUAUAAAGACAGGUUAACAAGAGAGGGCCCCAAUCCAUGCUGAACCACGAGAGCUUGAAACUAAUCUCUGGCUGUAGGUUCACACAGAGGGCACAGCCCAAGCCAAUUUCAAUAACUGGCCAAGUAAAACCACUGACACAUAUUCUUCUCUCAGUUACAUUGGUUUUAAUUAAUUGCCUUCCGUGGUGAUACUUCAGAUUUGCAUAUACGUGAAUUGGAGCAAAAUUUGACUAGUUUAUCCAAAUAUCCCAAAAUGUAGGUAGGUUCAGACUCAGAUCUGGAUUUCAAAGCUCCCCCAUCAGGAGUAUUAUGGAUCCAGGAGUUUAGUUCCAAAGCUAGUAUAUAUACUCGAAGGCCAGCUUGCAAAUCUUAACACAGGGACUACAUCAAACUCCACUGAAGUCAAUGAAAACAUUUCCAUUGAGUUUAGUUGGCUUUAUUUCAGGGCCUUUAUGACUAUGGGCCUGAUCCAAACUCUGCUGAAGUCAAUGACAGUCUUUCCAUUGAUGUCAGUGGGCUCUGGAUCAGACCUUGUACUUAAAAAAAUAACUCUCAGUACCAAAAUAGCUUAAGGCACACUUGGCUACAGGCUUCUAAAAUGCAUUUUAGAAAACACAAGUUGCUGUAGUACUACAAAAUAGCAUCCAAGUGGUUAAUAGUCCUGUACAUUUGGGGUUGUGUUCUAUAAUAGGAAAAUUGGCCCCAAGACCUGUCUGCAAAAGUUUUAGCCCUGCAUAUGUUUAUGGCAGCUAUAAAUCCCUAAUAUGAAGUUAUAAUGGAACUACUGAUCUAUUUUAACUGUAGUGACAUGGAUAGCACAGCUAGAAUAUAUAUUCAGGGAGCUGGUUGUAAAGUUCCUUCAUGCACUGAAGCAUAUUCAGUUCUUGGCACAGAAGAUGGUAGCAAGUAGGUAACUGGAUUGAAUUUAUUCACUGUCAUCGCCAUCUUGAUGUGAAAUCCACAAUGGCUGCACUAUAUGAAGGUGAAGCAACAGCAGCAACUUGUUAUAUCAAAGUAUCUGAACCAGUUUUACGAUGCAGCUAAGUAACAAGUAUAUGGUACUUAGCUGUAAAGCUGCGUAAUGUGCCCUCUAACGGGUUACAAGAAAUCAGGGUUCCAGCUCUGAAACAACUUAUUGAGUAUUGCAGCACAAGACACUUUCCAGAAAUUCCACAUCAGCCUGAAGUAAGCCAUAGGCUUGUUCUCUGUAUUUUUACUUCUCGCCUCCUCGCUCUAGUUUUUCCCAUGAUGAAGUUUACAGGUUAUAUUAUCUUCUGAGUUAAACUGGAGUAACCACACUGACACCAGUCUAACUCAGCUGAGAGUACAAUUUGGCCCAAUAUGUACUGAGGCAAAUCUGAUUCUUGCCAGGAAGAGAUUAAGGUAAAUCCAUGUUACAAUACAUUGAUUUACUCCAGUGACUCAUUUUUUGAAGAGCCGCAUUUGGACAGGCCUAAAUCCUGGCAGGUACUGAGCUCCUUCAACCCUUAUUCAUUUCAAUGGGAGUUGGGGCUUUUAGCACAUUGUUACCUUGUACAGAUAUUGGACUUACUCCUAUAUAUUUCAAAUGUUUAUAUUUAUCUAAAAACACUUAAACUUCUUUUAGAAGUCAUGCUAAGUAAGCUACUGAAUUUUUGGUAAAAUAGACCAAUACUAUUAAGUACUUUUUGAAGGUAGCUUUUUUCCCCUACACAAAUUAGGUCUCCUCAUCCAUAGUGAGAGGAGAAUGUUUAUGGUGACCAUGAAAGCACCAAUUUUGGACUUAACUGUACACUGAGAAACCAAAGAGAAGUUCACCUGAUAGAACCAUUAGUAGUUAGGUCCUGCUUUCACUAACCAGGCAAUGGUGACUUGUGGGAGAGGCACAAAAGGUCAAGUGAUCCUUCAGUAGGAUAAGGUGCCCCCAGCAGCCAGCCUGGGGCGGAGAGAGGAAAGGACAGUGUCAGAGCCUGAAGGGAAGAGGUGGGGCCAGAGCCUCUCCUCUUCCAGCCUCGCUGGGAGGGACUCUGCCCAGUGCAGCGCAGCAGCUGACUGAGAGAGUGCCUGGCUGCAACAGCAGCAGGCUGCCCCCCACCCAGGCUCAGUUUCUGGGGACAGUGGCCAAGGAACCCAGAGCCCUCUUGCCUCCCCAGCAUGCUCAGCGUUAGGUCCUGUCCCCGGGAGCUGAGCCUGGGGGGAGUAGGCAGCAACUAGUGAUUUUGCAUCCGACGAACUGGGAAUUCACCCAUGAAAGCUCAUGCUCCAAUACAUCUGUUAGUCUAUAAGGUGCCACAGGACUCUUUGCUGCUUUUAAGAUCCAGACUAACACAGCUCCCCCUCUGAUAGUGAUUUGAGUGUCCAAGUACAAGCAUGUUAAAGGCCCUGAUUUCCAGAGGGUGAGUGCUCACUACUUCGUGAAUCCUAGUGUCCUUAGGUGUUUCAAGUUGAGCACUCAAAAAAUCACUAGUUGCUGAAAAGUCCUGAACUUAGUUUUGCUGCUUACUUAGACCAUUUCCCAGCGAGGGCAGAAGGGGCCACUGUGGUUUUUCCUUUAAUUUCCCAAAUAUUGUUCUAGACUUUGUUUUCCAAGCUAGUGUUUGGACCUUUUUUGUAUCCCCACGCAUCUAAAAAAAGUCACCAAGAUUGUCUGACUUGCAUUGCUAAAAAAAAGCUAAUGACAAAAUAGUGGGUUAACUUGGUUAAAAUCCUUUAAGCUGCUAAAUUCCACAAGUAACAAAAUAUAGUUAAAGCCCAGUUGGGUUUGCAUUCUUGUAUUUGUGAAAAUGUUCAAGAACCAAAAGAACAACACUUCGUGUGAGAGCAUGUAAUAUCUUAUGCAUGACCAGUUUCUGCUUCUUUCCCACUGCGGGGGAAAAGAAGUCAUGCAAUUUGAUUUGCAGGUGUGCUGCAAGUGUGAUACACAGUCAAUAAACAGAUCAAAAUGUA